AUUUACUCAGUUUGAUAGUUCCUGGAAAAGUAAGAUGGCGCGGUAUGACAAAAUGUUUUUGUUAGGCACUGGGAGUUACGGCAAGGCUUGGGUGGUUGAGACACAAAAGCCAAAAAGAGAUAAAAAAGUUUUAAAAGAAAUCAAUUUAAAAACUUUGGCCGAUAAAGAUGUAGAUCAAGCACUGACUGAAGUUGCUAUUUUGUCAAGAUGUUGUCACGAGAAUAUAAUCAGUUAUUCGGAAGCUUUUGUUGAUAAACAAACAAUGACGUUGUCAAUUGUAAUGGAAUAUGCAUCUGGUGGUGACCUGCAUAAGCAAAUAAGUCAGCGAAGAGGACUUUACUUUUCUAAUGAGAAUGUUAUGAGGUGGUUUUUUCAGCUAUUGGCUGCUUUGUGUUAUAUUCAUCGCAGAGGCAUUCUUCACAGAGAUAUCAAGCCUCAAAACUUGUUUUUAACAGACAAACAGGUUUUAAAGUUGGGAGAUUUUGGAAUAUCAAAAAUUCUCCCAAAAGAUGGCGAUGUAGCUUUCACGUUUGUUGGGACUCCAUUUUAUCUAAGCCCCGAGAUUUGUCAACAGCAACCUUAUAGCUUUAAAAGUGAUAUGUGGGCUGCUGGAUGUGUCCUUUAUGAACUUUGUUGCCUGAGAGUUCCAUUCACAGCUACCAACUUGCCCAGUCUAGCAGCACAGAUUCAACUGGCUGUUUACCAGCCCUUGCCAAGCCACUGCAGUGAAUUGUUGAGUCACCUCGUGAAGGUUCUUUUAAUGUCAGAGCCAGCCAAACGCCCAGCGGCAGAGGAGAUUUUUCAGAAUCUUUCAGUCAAGGAAUAUUUGGUAAAACAUCCAGAAGUUCUCCCAUCAUCCCAUGCUCUGAAGGAAAUCUCCAACCUUGCUCGUAGAGGGAGAACACACACCCGGCAUGAAAACACAGCAGGAAAACAGAAAGUUCUGGAUUUGCUCAACAAGGAGAAUGAGGAUGUUGAAACAAAGUUUGGACCUGGAUUUGAGGGUUUUAUAAAAAAGAACAUUGCCAGGCCUAUUGACAGCACCACAUACACAGUUGUAAGACACCCCUCAUGCAAGAGGCUGUCUCUAGCCUCCCCUGAACUCAGCUCAAUGAUACAGAAACAAAGGCUGCUCACUGCUGAAAACCAAAGGGCCCAUUCUGUUGAUGCUCCGCGCUCACACAAAUCUAGAAAAAAGGAUUCUGCCCCCAAGUUGAGCCUAUUACUCUCCCUCCAACAAGUGAACAGCUGGCAGGACCAGGGAAGGAAUGACCAUGGUAAACACAGUCUACGAGAUGAUUCUUCUGAAAGACAGUCAAGCACUGAAGCUUCUGAAGCUGCUAUUGACCACAUAACAGAAAUAAUCUACAACUCAGUUGCAACUGACAAGACUCUGCUACCAGCAACAGCGCUAGAGAUCCACAGAGAGCUGACCAGUGCGCUAGGGAAACAGACAACAGAUGCCCUCAUAUCCUCAGUCAGGAACAAAAUGGACUACAAGGAUUUGAUCAAUGGUUAUGACAUUAGCCCUGCCUUACUGCAGUCUGUACUUUGGUAUCUGAAAAUUUCUGGACAAAUCCCUAAGUCGUAGACGUUGUGAUUCAAUUUUCCUCUAC